GGCGCAAAGGCCCCACGUGUUUCGACCCGCCAGGCCCCGCGCGGCUCGGAUCCGGCGGCGCUGCUACGGCCGGGAGUGGGUGGGGGAGAAGCCGGGGCAGGGGAGGAGCUGCCGGAGCUGCCGGAGCCCUGUACCCCUUUUGCACUCUUUUAAAUACUAUAUUGCAGUAGACAGUCAUUUCAAGGGCACAGCAAGGUUUACUACGAUGUGAGGGACUCUUGGGCAUUACAAACUAUACAGAUGAGGUUUACAGGGUUCUUGAAGAAGAGAUGCAGUUUUUUUCUGUUUCUCUAUGGGGUGUGAACCUGGCCAAGGACAAGGGGUCCCUUGGGAGAAACUCCUUGAGGUGCCCAGGCUGAGACUGGGGGCAAAUGACAGUGUGAGCUCUAGAUGGUGUGAGACCCCUCCCCCCCCGAGAGCCAAACAAUGGCUACAGCCUUGGAACCAGAGGACCAGGAUCUUUGGGAAGAAGAGGGAAUUCUCAUGGUGAAAUUGGAAGAUGAUUUCACCUGUAGGCCAGAGUCUGUCUUACAGAGAGAUGACCCUGUGCUCGAGACCUCACACCAGAACUUUCGGCGCUUUCGCUACCAGGAAGCUGCAAGCCCUCGAGAAGCUCUCAUUCGACUGCGAGAACUUUGUCAUCAGUGGCUGAGGCCAGAAAGGCGGACAAAGGAGCAGAUCCUAGAGUUGCUUGUGCUGGAACAGUUCCUUACUGUCCUGCCUGGAGAACUGCAGAGCUGGGUGCGGGGCCAACGGCCAGAGAGUGGCGAGGAGGCGGUGACGCUGGUGGAGGGUUUGCAGAAACAACCCAGGAGACCAAGGCGGUGGGUGACUGUCCAUGUUCAUGGCCAGGAAGUCCUGUCAGAGGAGACGGUGCAUCCAGAAGCAGAGCCCGAGUCACCUAGUGAGCUGCAGAACCCUGUGCAGACCUCGACUCCCGAGGCGUCCUGUGAGGAGACCAUACAGAGCCCUGAUCUGGGGCCACCAGAAGAGCAGAGCCUGUGCCAUGAAUUGGAGUUCCAGCCCCUGCAGGAGAGCGGUGAGGUUCCAGUGUCCCAGGACCCAGACCUUCCUGAAGAGAGGAACACUGGAAACCCAGAGAUGGUUGCCCUUCUUACUGCUCUUUCACAGGGAUUGGUAACUUUCAAGGACGUGGCUGUGUGCUUCUCCCAGGACCAGUGGAGCGAUCUGGAUCCCGCACAGAAAGAGUUCUAUGGAGAAUAUGUCUUGGAAGAAGACUGUGGAAUUGUGGUCUCUUUGUCAUUUCCAAUCCCCAGACUAGAUGAGAUCUCCCACGUUAGAGAGGAAGAGCCUUUGGUCCCAGAUAUCCCAGAGCCUCAAGAGCCUCAAGAGCCAGAAAUCCUGAGUUUUACCUACACAGGAGAUAGGAGUGAAGAUGAAGAAGAGUAUCUUGAGCCGGAAGAUCUAAGUUUGGAAGAUCUACACAGAUCUAUUUUGGGAGAUCCAGAAAUCCACCAGACUCCAGACUGGGAAAUAGUCUUUGAGGAUGAUCCAAAUAGACUUAACGAAAGAAGAUUUGGUACAAAUAUUUCUCAAGUUAAUAGUUUAUCGAAUCUUCGGGAAACCAUGCCUGUCCACCCCUUGUUAGGGAGACACCAUGACUGUCCUGUAUGUGGGAAAAGUUUCACUUGUAACUCCCACCUUGUUAGACACCUAAGAACUCACACAGGAGAGAAACCCUAUAAAUGUAUGGAGUGUGGAAAAAGUUACACGCGCAGCUCGCAUCUUGCCAGGCACCAGAAGAUUCACAAAAUGGGCACUCCUUAUAAAUUUCCCCUAAACCGGAAGAAUUUGGAUGAGACCUCCUCUCUGGUCCAGGCUGAGAGAACUCCACCUGUUGAGAAACCAUAUAGAUGUGACGAUUGUGGAAAACACUUCCGCUGGACCUCAGACCUUGUCCGGCAUCAGAGGACACACACAGGAGAAAAACCCUUCUUCUGUACUAUUUGUGGCAAAAGCUUCAGCCAGAAGUCUGUGCUCACAACACACCAAAGAAUCCACCUUGGAGGCAAACCCUACCUGUGUGGAGAGUGUGGGGAGGACUUCAGCGACCACAGGCGGUAUCUGGCACACCGGAAGACGCACGCCACUGAGGAGCUGUAUCUCUGUAGUGAGUGCGGGCGGUGCUUCAGCCACAGCGCAGCAUUUGCCAAGCACCUGCGAGGACACGCCUCAGUGAGGCCCUGCCGGUGCAACGAAUGUGGGAAAAGCUUCAGUCGGAGGGACCACCUUGUCAGGCAUCAGAGAACCCACACUGGCGAGAAACCGUUCACCUGCCCUACCUGUGGAAAAAGCUUCAGUAGGGGCUAUCACUUAAUCAGGCAUCAGAGGACCCACUCAGAAAAGACCUCCUAGCUAGCUUCCUGUGUGAGGCGGUCUGCAUUCAGCCCUCACCCGGGGAUGGGCGAGGAGAUGCCCCUUGUCAGCUCGGGAAGACCUUUUCCAGGGAGUCUCCCUCACUUGCCCAGAUCUACAUCACCUCUUCCCACAGCUAAAUAAAAUCCCCCUGGCAGAACCUCUCAACCUUCUUCUACACCUGGAGGAGAUUUUUUUGCCCAAAGUACAACCUGGGUGGAGGCUUCUCCUUGACCGGAGUGUUCCUGCCUCUACCUCAUGGGUGUGAAGGAGGAGAUUUAGAAGACUUCCAAGGUUGUGGUUAUUCUAUUUUGCCCAAAAUAGGCUGUCGCAUAUCCUAAAGACUGCUUCACAGCCUCAAGUAUAAAGUUGCCCAGGACAGCCCUUUAGGUAUGGUAAGGGACCGGCCUCUAGGAUUCUGUCUUUACUGGGCUCAAAUCUUAAAGCACACAGCCCUGAACUCAAGGCCGGAGAUUUGCAUCCUCAUGGCUCUGCCACACACUCACGGGAUAACUACAGAUCUCUCACUGGUUCAUUUCUUCACCAUGCACUUUCCUUUGAUCCUGGGGAGAGAUGGGAGAAGUGUCUGAUGGGGGAAAACCUCGAGGCUGUUUCCCAUGGACCUUGUCAGGCUGCUCCCUUAUCCGUUGCCAAAAUACCAGGUGCCAGACCCUGCUAGAAAGGAGGACCUAGUCAGAAGCCUCUUUCCUUGUGGGGUGCUUUCCUGUUAGAAUACUCAUGCCCACCCUUCUUAGUGUUCUACCAGCCUCUUGGUUUUGCCCCUAGCACUUCUGCAAAAGUGAGACGCAACAAUUGGGUGCUGGGGGAGUCAGUUAAAGCAUAAUUAAACCAUGAUGAAAUCAUUUACAUUCCCACACGUGUACAAGCCCACCCCUCCUGCCCUUUUCACAUGGGUUUGUGAGGGGAUUUUGGAACCAUGUCAGCUUACAUAGGUACUAUAGUAAUUUCAGAGUCAUGAUUGACUGGGUCACUUCCUUUAUAUGAAGAACACGAGAAGACCUGAGACCAAAUUAUGGAGCAUAAUUUUUAAAAGCUGUUGCUGCUGGCUAAGGCCAUCAAGACUACACUGACACCCAGCCCCUGUCAUCCCCGCCUUGGUUCUCUGAUAUCAGGGAAAAUUAUGAACCCCAGCACCUGGGACCCUGAAGAAUUUACCAGGAGUAAAUGGCUUUCAUGUAAUUGCGUUGUUUGCUUUUUCUUAUGUGAUCUCAUUUUUAUGUAAUUAAGAACUAAAUAGUAUUAUCUCAUGGCCUGAUAGUAGGAUCUCUGUUGCCUGAUAAAGGUUCCUUGGAGAUGAGGUUGAAUAAUUAUGAACCUCACCUGCUCUGCUUGUGGGAGUGGCAAGGACUGGAUGAGCGUCCUCCAUAAGUGGAGCACAGGGUAUGGGAUUAAAGCAUGAGAAGGGAGAUUGUCUUCUGUGCAUGGUUUCUUCAGCUGUUUCUCAGUCCAUUAUGUGCCAGUGUGUACAGAGAAAAUGGGUGGGAUAACAAGGCCUCAGCCCUACCAGCUCAACAAGGCAAUUCUCAUUUUGGUCAGUAUUGAUACUCCAGUUGACCAGUUUGGCUUUGAUAUCAGUCAGUCGUUGUCCUGGAGAUAAACACAUAUGGAAUAAAUAAAUGUAACACCGGCAGCCAUGUUCCCUGGUUUCUGGAACUUUCCAUUUUACUUCCCAAGGCUUCAGGUUCCAGAUAGUUCUGAACAUCAUACAUACAAAGACAUCAGAGAGUACAAAGUAGUUUUCCAUGAGGCCGGUCGUGCUUAGCAGAGCCAAAGGGAAUAGAUGGCAUACUGAGCUGAGACCUAUGCCUGUGGUUUGCAGAAGACACUCCUAAUGGGCAGACAUUUCUGAACCCUAGAUCUGAGGUCGAAGCAUAUUUGUGCUGGGUGAAAUACAGCCUCAAGAGACCCAUUUUUCCUAGCUCAUACCAGUUAUGGGAGCUGAUACAAUUCUGGAGGUAACAGAACAAAUUUGUUCUAACAGAACAGUGACUUUAUUCACGGAUUUACCUGGUUACUGCAGUAAGUGAGAAACUGUCAAGAGAAUUGUACAUGAGGAAAAGUGAGAGACUCGUCCAGUUUGUUGGAACAUCAAAUAGUUCUCUUAUUGCCGAUCCCCCAGCAAAGUUUCAUAUGCUGACACUAAAUCUCUGCUUGUAAAAUAACUUUAUUUUCUGAGGUUCGUGGAGGGGCAUACUGUCUCCUAAACCUGAGCAUGAGCAGAACUGAAGUUUGCAGCAGAAGGGCCUAUGCAAGAACCUGCAGUGAGCAAGAGACUGCAGCUGAACGGGCAGGUGCUGGGCCACAGGUUACCCUUAAGGGGUUCCCUGUAGGAUUUUGUAAACAGUUGAAUACUGGUGUUCUUGAAUACCAUACUAAAUUAAAGUUUUUGGAGAAUAAAGAGGCAGGAUUUUAAAGAUAAUUGGAGGAAGCUAUAAAGUACUGUAAAUCAACAACUCAAGGAAAUUGAUAGAUUGUUGGAAAUUAAGGCACAAGCUAAUCAAGUUAUGAAAUUAAAAUGAUAAUAUUUGAGUUCUUGGCCAUUUAGUUUAGGAAUAACCAAGGAAUAUUCAGCCUCUUCAUCUCACUUACCCAAGAGAAAUAAAUGGAAAGAGUUCAAGGCAGAAUAUAUUUUUAUUAUCUGGAACUUAGGCCUCAAAGUCUAGAGCAGAAUCUAGUGAACUCCAAUGAACCCCAUGGAGAGUUCAUUUGGUAGAUUAACCUCAAAGUACUAGAACCAAAGCAAGCUAAAAAAUGCUUUCUCCAGAGCCCAACUCAACAGAAAGAUCUAAUAGAACAUGCAUUCUUUUCACGGUGCAGCAAAAUGGUGAACAAGAAAACACCCCACUGAGUCCUGCAAAGUUGGCAGAGACCAUUCACUCCAAGCCUCACGUGUCAGAGCAACAACCUUUAGAUCGCCCCCUUGCAUGAGGAAAAUGAGCUAGUGUGCACGCCUUCCUAAGCCAUUUUGAUUCACCAAGCUCCCAGGAAGGACAUCAACACAGAUGAGAGUUAAUCUGACCCUGUGAUGGUUUUGGAGAACAAAAGCUGUCCUGAGAAAUAGUGAAUUAUUAUAUGCCAUGUACAUGAAUAAUUUGGUAGUCUUCCACACAGAUAUUUUUUAGUUUUACCUCUGAGAUCUCCCUCAGCUGACCAAAGUACUUCUUCCAGCCGCAAUAACUUUCCCUGAGAGAAAUACACAUAAAAUUUUUUUUCUGCCUCCUUAAAUUUCUAGUGAUGUUGGCCAACUGACCCAUGAAUCUGAUUUGUGGGAGAGGAACAGACUAAAAGCCAAAAAAUGAGUGCCCUACCCAUGUACUCACUAAUCUGCUUUGGCAGAAUUCAAUGUUCUCAGACACAUUGAUGAACACAUCUCCUUUUACGUGGAAUAACUUGAUUCCUCCUUGGGGAAGCCCUAAGAGGCUGGCAAGGACAAGUUUUGGUCUCUCCUUAGAUAUCAGUCAUUGUAAAUUAUCCUUAAUAAUAAGAAGAAGAAACAAAGAAUUCUUGUCAGGGCAGCAAAAGUAAGGGUAUCCUAUAAUGAAUAGGUUCCUGUUCUUACUGUAUGUGUAUGUUCAUGGAAGUUUCAGGUAAAAAGGGAGAAGAGGGAAUGCAAUUUGAUUUUUUUUAAAAAGAGCACAGACUAGAUUAUUUGUAAGGACAGGGGCUCUUCAGUGGAAACUGGGAGCUAAAGAACAGAACUUAUAUAAAGACUUCCAGAAGCAGAAGUAAUAGGUAGCUCAAGCAAAAAGACCCAAUCCUCUGCAAAGGUGUAUGAAAAUAAUAAUCUUCAUUUAAAUAGAGUAUAAAUCUUAGUAAUGAUCCGUGCAGAAUAUGACAAGGCUUCAAAAGGCCAUUUGUACAGAAAGAUUAUUGAAACUGUAAAUUCCCAGGAUUUCCUGUAAGACUACUGCUCUGGACACAUUUAUCUGUGGUUCCUCCAUUAGUUGUUAUUCCUCCAUUAGUUGUACAUCUUAUGAUCCCUUAGAAGAGUCCAAGAGACUACUUACCAAGGAACUAUCUCAGCAAGAGGACUACAGCAACUGUUUGGACCUUCAGUUCAUUUACUGAAUCUCUGCAAAAGCUCUACCAAGAAGCAGUUCAAGGCUAAGAGCUGGGGAGCAGUUGGAAGAAAGUACCCGAACAGUGAUAAGUUAACCAUGAGCCGGGAAACAUCAAUACAAAAGCAGAAAACUGGAUCCAGAAAGAAAGGAAGAAGAUCUCUGCUUCCUUCUUUAACUCUGAGGAGAUAUUCUGAAAGGCCCUCUUCUACAACGACUCUAAUUUGGACAAACUACUAGAGAAUAGAAAUAGCAUGUAAAUUGGGGUAGGGUGCUCAGAAUUUGAGUGUGUUAGCAUUCAUGAAUUGUUCAGGACAAAAGCUAUAAGAUGUUGGUUAACUUUGGAUACUAAGUAUGCACUAAUAAAUUAUUACAUUAAAUUA